UAUUAUCUCUUCCCCCCCCAUCCCCCCCCACACCCCCAGCCCCACACCCCCAGCCCCACACCCCCAGCCCCACACCCCCAGCCCCACACCCCCAGCCCCACACCCCAGCCCCACACCCCCAUCCCCCACACCCCCAGCCCCACACCCCCAGCCCCACACCCCCAGCCCCACACCCCAGCCCCACACCCCCAGCCCCACACCCCCAGCCCCCCCACACCCCCAGCCCCCCCACACCCCCAGCCCCCCACACCCCCAGCCCCACACCCCCAGCCCCACACCCCCAGCCCCACCCCCCCCCCCCCACCCCCCCCCCACACCCCCAGCCCCACACCCCCACCACCCCCAGCCCCCACACCCCCAGCCCCACACCCCCAGCCCCACACCCCCAGCCCCACACCCCCAGCCCCACACCCCCAGCCCCACACCCCCAGCCCCACACCCCCCAGCCCCACACCCCCAGCCCCCCACACCCCCAGCCCCACAGCCCCCAGCCCCACACCCCCCAGCCCCACACACCCACACCCCACCCCCCCACACCCCCAGCCCCACACCCCCAGCCCCACACCCCCAGCCCCACACCCCCAGCCCCACACCCCCAGCCCCACACCCCCAGCCCCACACCCCCAGCCCCACACCCCCAGCCCCCCACACCCCCAGCCCCACACCCCCAGCCCCACACCCCCCCCACACCCCCCCCCACACACCCCCAGCCCCACACCCCCAGCCCCACACCCCCAGCCCCACACCCCCAGCCCAACACCCCCAGCCCCACACCCCCAGCCCCACCGCGACACGCCACAAAGAAACCCCAGUACACAUAAGGGGAAAUAUAGAAAAUAA